CUAAGAUGAUCAGUCAGUAUUAAAAGACUUCAAUUCAUAAGUCAUUGACUUGCAUGUUUAGACAUGGAGUUAUCAAUCUGUAUUUGAUUCUUCUUUCUAUUGCUGACCUUUCAAAUUGUCCUUAGUCACUUAUUUCAACUAAAAUCUCUCACAAAUCUUUCUUUCUUUAUCCCAGAUCUUUCUUUCUUCACCUAUUUCUCAAAAACAAGCAAGUGUUCCUAACAGCUUAAUCUUGGUUUGCUGAACUUAAAGACUUGAAAACCUGAAAGGAAGGAAAAGGAAAGAUACUUCGGCUUGACUAGUGAGAAUUACAUAAAUGGAAAGAGGAAAACAAAAUGAAGGAGAAACAGAGAAAGGGGAAGCAAACAACUCAUCGGUCUCAUCUUAUGUACUUCGCAAGGACAUUUUCAAUCUUCUGGAUUUCAUAGAGAGGUUAAAGAAUGGACGAGAUCAAAUUGCUCUUGACAUGGAUCAAAUUGAAAAGCUGAAGCUGGAACUGACAUUUAUGUCGACAUUUCUUCAGCUUUCUUGUUCCAAUUUGGAUGGUUUUAAUGCGGAAAUGUCUCGCAAAGCACAACAGGUCGAUGAUCUGGUUCGGUCAGUUUUCUAUCAAAGUGGAGAUAACAUGCUGGUUAAAUAUGACAUGGAUCAUGUCAUUUCUCACGUCCUGGAAAAUAUCAAAAGUUGUAUCAGCUCACCACAUUAUUCUAAAUCAAGUGCCACCAUGACUGAGGAGCAGUUGGUUGAACUUUUGGAUUCGCUCCUCGUGAAUCUCUGUGAUCUUCCCAAGCACUGUGUUGAGUUGAAGACUCAAUACGAGAUAAUUCAAAAUGUGUGCGACAAUAUAAGAGAUUUCCUUGGGUUAAAAGUAAAUGGUUGCAUUGAGCAUGAGACAAUUGAAUAUGUCUUACCUCAAUUUCAACUUAUGGCUGAGAGAGUAGGACACUUCUGUUUUGUCCUUUUGACUGAUCAACUUGGUGUCUCUCAACUCAGUUUCAAGCUAGUUGAUCUACUUGUGAAGAUUAUUCCUGUUGAACUGGAAGUCAUGUACAUAUGUUCUACAAAUUUGACAACUUCAAAGUCAACAGAAGUUGGACGCUUCUUUAAGAAGCUCCUAGGAGCCUCUCCAUACAUUCUUAGAGAAUAUUUGUUUAAUCUACAAGCGCACAUGGUGGCUGUUCUUACUGCUAGCACUUCAGCUCGAAACAUUCAUGUCAUGAUAGAGUUCCUAUUGAUUAUUCUCACAGAUGUGCCCAAGGACUUUAUUCAUCAUGAAAAAUUGUUCGAUCUCUUGACACGAGUUGGAGCACUUACCAGGGAGGUAUCCAUUCUUGUUUGCAACUUAGAAGAGAAAUCAAGGGGUGAAGUGAAUACCAGUGAAACAAACUGUGGCAGUGUAGACUUGCUGGAGAGUAUUGAACUACUGAAGGAAGAUCUCAAGCAUGUUUUCCUGAAAGCCCCCGAAGACUCAUCUCAACUAAGCUUCCCCAUGAACUCAUCUCAACUCAGCUUCCCCAUGAGUGACGGACCACUCUUCAUGACUCUUCUACUCAAAAACUUAAAUGACUUGCUCAAUUCCAAUGCGUAUUCAGUUGUUUUAAUAAAGCAAGAAAUUGGACUGGUGAAAGAAGACCUAGAAUUCAUAAGACCGUUCUUCACGAAUGUUGAGCAAGAAUUGAACAGAGAUCUCUGGACUCAUGUUCUAGAUGUGGCAUAUGAGGCAGAACAUGCCAUUAAUUCAAUUAUGGUCAGAGAUCACGGUCUCUUGCAACUUAUCUUCUCACUUCCGGGUAACGUAGAAAAGAUCAAGCUUAUCAAAGAAGAGGUAUCAAAGACGAUCCAAAAGAACCAGGGUCUUGUUGUCGUAACAUCUCCCAACAAGCUAGUUCAGAGUGGGUUUGAGGAGGAGACAAACUGGAUAAUAAGGAAGCUCACUAGUGGUCCAGCAACGUUAGAUGUCAUUUCGAUCAUUGGCAUGCCAGGGCUUGGAAAAACUACUUUGGCUUACAGAGUAUAUAAUGAUAAGUCUAUUGCUAAUCAUUUCGAUGUUCGUGCAUGGUGCACAAUCGACCAAGAGUAUGACAUGAAUAAGAUUUUGCAGAAAAUUUAUAAUCAAGUCAUUGGUUCAGAUGCGAAAUUCAGUGAGGAUUUUGUUGUUGGUGAUAAGCUCCAAAGAGAGCUAUGUAGAAGGAGGUUCCUAAUUGUCUUGGAUGACUUGUGGGAUACUGCCGCAUGGGAUGAUUUAACAAGACAUUUUCCUGAAUUUAUGAAAGGAAGCAGAGUCAUUUUAACAAGUCGAAUAAUGGAAGUGGCUUUGUAUGGAAAACGCUACACUGAUCCUCUUCAUCUUCGAUUGCUAAGUCUAGAAGAAAGUUGGGAAUUAUUAGAGAGAAAGGUAUUCGGAAAAGAAAGUUGCCCUGUUGAACUAUUGGAUGUUGGAUAUAAAAUAACCAAAAAAUGUAAAGGGCUUCCGUUGGUACUUCAUCUGAUUGGUGGAGUCAUUACAACAAAGGAAAAGAAUAAGGCUUUUUGGUGUGAAGUUCUAAACAAUUUGAAUUCCAAUUUAUUAGAUGAUUUUGAAUUCAUGAAGGUUAUACAAUUUAGUUAUGACCAUUUAUCAGAUCACUUGAAGCCGUGCCUACUUUACCUUGCAAGCUAUCCAAAGGAUGAAUAUAUUGAAAUCUCUGAAUUGAAAGAUUUAUGGAGUGCUGAAGGACUUGUGGAACAGACUGAGAUGAAAAGUGUGGAAGAAGUAGUGGAGGUUUAUUUGGAUGAGUUAAUUUCCAGUAGCUUGGUAAUAGUUUCCGAUGAGAGAGGUAGGGCAUCGAGUUACCGAAUUCAUGAUCUUGUGCAUGAUUUUUGUUUGGAAAAAGCUAGAAAGGAAAAGUUGUUUGAUUUCAUAAGUUCAAGUGCUCCGUCUUCUUCUUCUUCAGAUCGGGUGCCACGUGCAAUGAUCAUUCGUUAUGACCGACGUCUUUUUCAUUUGGAUGAAAAUUUUGUCCUGUUCAAUCCAGAAAAGAAAAAUUCCUAUGUUAAACGCCUCCUCUCUUUAAAGGUUUCUGAUGGGAAGCACAAUCAUCUUUCCUACAACUGUCACCUAAGACACUUGAGACUUCUUAAAAGGUUGGAGCUGCACAAAAUAAGAUUGACGUAUUCUUUGCUGAAUGAAAUAGGCAUGCUUGUUCAUUUGAGGUGCUUAAGGAUUCAGAUGAAGGCAAAAACACUUCCUCCGUCAUUUUCAAAUCUCUUGAAUCUGGAAACUCUGGUGGUGGAUAACCAGGGAUCAAACAUGGUACUAUCACCUAGUAUUUGGAGUCUUGUAAAGUUACAACAUGUGAGCAUGGAUAGUUGUUCGGUCUUUGAUUUGGAUACUGAUGAACCAACAAUGUUAGAAGAGGACUUAAUGUUAGAAAAUUUGAGAAUAUUGUAUGGUCUCAAGCUUUCCUCUUCAGGAAACACACAGGAUAUUUUCAAAAGGUUUCCCAAUCUUCGAAGCCUUACAUUCACCAUUGAGGAACCCUGGCCUUGUUCAGCAGAGCAGAUUUGUUUUCCAAGAUUGGAUAUCCUUGAUGAACUUGAAGAAGUUCGCGCAUAUUUUUACCCAUGUAUACAUCAGUGUGAUUUUCACUUCCCUUCGAGCUUGAAAAAACUUGUAUUGGGGAGCUUUGCUCUGCCAUCCAAUUCACUGUCAAGAAUUGCGAGACUGCCCAACCUUCAAAACCUGAGUCUAGAAGAAGCAAUCAUCCAGGGGAAAGAAUGGAACAUGGAAGAAGAAGACACCUUCGAGAAUCUCAAAUCGCUGACACUGGAUAGGGUGUCUUUAUCUGAAUGGAAGGUUAAUGGAGAGGAAUCCUUUCCCGUGCUUGAGGAAUUACAAAUACUAGACUGUACUGAGCUUGUGGAGAUCCCGGACAGUUUUGGUGAUAUUUUUUCAUUAAAUUGCAUCUCACUGUUGGGCAGCCGUCAACUUGAAGUUUCAGCCAUAACGAUUAAGGAAUAUGUUGCAGAUAUGAUGGGAGAAGACAAGCUUGAGGUAAAGUGCUACUCGUGAGUGCAUGCGCGAGAUGGGUCAUGGUAGGUCCUUAAUUAUCUGGGCAAAUCUCUGUGAGUAUGUCAUACGAAUUUAUUAACUUCAUUCGUAAAUUAAUUUCCUUUUAUAUUAUUUUUGUCCAUUGUGGUUAAUGCAGUAACUGAUUAUCAAGUAUUACUACGACUUCUGUUCAAUUUCCUUUUGUUUUUCCUUUUGUGUGUAUAGGUGCUGGUAGACAGCAGAAUUAUCCUGGAAAAAAGUAUCAUGUAUGUUCCAAUUUUUUUCUAUUUAGUUCUUACUAUGACUAUGAUUCUUCUACUAACAACUCUGUCACUUUAAAAUGCAGAAAAUCUCAAAUUGUUGUUUUUUCCAUGUAGUUUUGAAUUGCUAUCACGUUUUCUUCAAAUGACAUAUUAGCCUAUCGAUGGUAUAAGGAUGCUUACAUUUGUCAAAUCAGUAUUUUCAUUUGACCUUGGACAUAAACCAAAGUAUGGAAUGCUUUGACUAAAUGGUCAACGGGAUGAAUCUACUAACAAGUUAAUUUGAGCAGUGUAAAAGACAUCUUUAAAUUUACAAAAUAUAAUAUAGUCCAGAUUGAAGAGGACCCUUGGCGUAACUGGUAAAGUUGUUGCCUUGUGACCAGGAGGUCACGAGUUCGAGCUAGGGAAACAACCUCUUGUAGGAAGUAGACACUGAAGCAUCAUCUAUCUGUAGCCAUAGAUGAUAUCUUAGUGCUUUAGACGGUCUAUUAGAUGGUAUGAUCUCUGAACUUCUUUCUUAAACAAGUGACCGAUUGGAGGUAAUGCAUUUGCAGCGAAUAUAAGAGCAACUGACACAGUUUCCUCUUUUGCCUAAUUCAGUGUUUAUUGCAAAGAAUCAUAUGCAUUCACCGAUCAAAAAAAGAUGAUACACAUUUGCUUGGACUAUGUGAUGCUUAAGUUACAAGAUUGAAGGGGAGCCUUGGAGCAACGGUCAAGUUAUUACCUAUAGGUCACGGGUUCGAAUCGUAAAAUCAACCACCGAUGCUUGCGUCAGAGUAGACUGCCUACAUCACACCCCUUAAAGGCGGCCCUUCCUUGGACCUUGUAUGAAUGCGAGAUACUUUGUGCACUGGGCUACGAAGUUACAAGAUUCUCUUCAGUUCUUGUCACACUCUAUACACCCUCUAUAGUCUUUGUAAUUUUUACUGCUAUGCUUCAAUACUGAGUGUGGAUCGGCACAUGCAAUUCAGGAAAAACCAUAUUAAAAUAUAAAGUGUGUAGAACCAAACACAACAUACAGAUGCACAUAAAGUGAAAAGUUGAUAUGAUGAGGAUGAUGAAAUUCUAAGUGCUAAAUUUCUACAUAUGGAAUAGGUAUUUAUAGAGACUCAACGUGAUAACUAAUAAGUACUUUUUCAAUCCAUGUAUCCUUUAAUAUAUUGGAUGACACAUUUUCACAA